CCUCAGCAGGCCCUGCCAAUGGCUACUCGAGUGCUCAGUAUACAAUCACACGUGGUUUUUGGCUACGUUGGCGGAAAGGCGGCCGUCUUCCCUCUUCAAUGUCUAGGCUAUGAUGUCGACGUCGUGAACACUGUGCAUUUCUCAAACCAUUCUGGCUAUGGACGACUGGGUGGCACAAAAACCACAGCCGCCGAGUUAACUGAGAUCUUUCAAAGCAUGGAGCGCAACCACUUGUUACUUCCAGAUAGACUCCUCACAGGUUACAUUCCUGGCGCUGAGGGCCUAUCAGCAGUUGCAGACCUCGUCAAGAAACUCAAGACUGAAAAGCCACAUCUUAUCUACUUAUUAGAUCCUGUUCUGGGUGAUUCUGGCCGUAUGUAUGUCGCCCCCGACGUCAUUCCCAUCUAUCGACACAUGCUGGUGCAUUCCACGGUCAUCACUCCCAACUGGUUCGAAGUAGAACUGUUGACUGAUGUCAAAAUACAAGAUUUGCCUUCUUUACGGCGCGCUUUAACCAUCCUCCACGAAGAAUACCAUGUCCCCAACGUGGUGAUCAGCUCGAUACCUCUGGCGGAGUGGCUCAAGGCAUUGUUACCGUCCAGCAUAUCCUCUAGUUUAGACGGCAACUCUAGAUACCUUCUCUGCAUCGCCUCGGCUGCCACCUCGGAAGCGACUCAAACUCCAGCGGUCGUGCAUACGCAGAGUGUUGAACUUCUUCCUGGCUACUUUUCUGGAGUCGGAGAUCUCUUCUCGGCUCUUCUUCUUGCCCAUUUUACUCCCGACAACGCAUUAACCAGUGAUUCCAUACUAGCACGAGCCGUGUCACAAGCAUUGACCAAAACUCAUGCCAUGCUCCGUCUUACCUAUGAACAUUCGGAAACGUUACCUGAGGAAGAUAGGCAGCCAACCGAUGACGAGAAGGAUGCUGCCGACCCCUUGCGGAAGAUUCGGCGGAUGCGUGGCCGUGAACUUCGCCUCGUUCAAGGACAAGAGUUAUUGCGAGGCGUAGGACUGUCUGAUAUCAAAGAAAUGGUGCCAUGGACUGAGUUUUGGGACUCAAGUACUUAG